AAACAUGGCAGAGUCAGACAGCAAUUUGGUGCCCAAAAAGAAUGCUAAGUCGGUUAUUUGGGCAUAUUUUAGGUUCUAUCCAAAUGCUGACGGUGAGCCUCAAGACCUAACACAGCCUAUUUGCACAUUAUGCAAAUUAUGUGUGCCUGCGAAGGAUAGGCAAACCACAAAUUUAUUCGCGCACAUUCGAGUCCAUCACCCCGCCAAGGCCGCAAAACUGCCUCCAACCAGCAGCGCUGCAGGUGCUUCUGGGGGACAGCCACGGGGGCAGCCCACAAUAUCAGCAGCUUUUGCUAAAUCAACUAAAUACAGGCCAGGCAGCGAAAGAUGGACCAAGUGUACAACAGCUGUUGCAAGAUUUCUGGCGAAGGAGUGCGUCCCAUUUCAGGCGGUUGAAAGAGAAAGUUUCAAAAAAAUGUUGACUACACUGGAUGUAGUAUGAACCGCCUGGGAGGAAAUAUUUCUCGGAGACUGCUGUGCCAAAACUGUAUGAACAGCUGAGAGGGGAAAUAGUUAAUUAAUUAAAAGAGGCCAACUUCAUUGCUUUGACUACGGAUAUGUGGUCAAGCAUUAACAUGUCUCCUUAUAUGUCCAUAACUGCGCACUAUGUCUCAAAAGACUGGACAUUAAAAUCCAAAUGUCUCGAGACAGCUUUUACCCCAGAGAGUCACACCGCGGUGGUGCUAGCUGAAGCACUCCAGGAUGGGUUGCAAGUAUGGGGAAUAGGAGAAGAGAAAGUCGUCUGCAUUACAAGCGACAACGGAGCCAACAUCGUUGCAGCUGUUUGUGAUCUGAAGUGGCCAUGGAUCAGUUGUUUCGGGCAUAAUUUGAACUUAGCCAUCAACAAUGCCUUGAAUAAAGAAAAAAACAAAACGGACCGGGCUUUCGGAGUGUGUCGCCAAAUAAAUGGAGCCUUUUCACACAGUUGGCAAAGGCGACAGCAACUCAGGAAAGAGCAAGAGCAACAGGGGAUAAAGAAACUGCUUUCUUUAAUAACUUGGCACGUUGAGUAGCGAGGCACCAUGGGCAACACAAGUGACAGAGUGUCUGCAGACCGCCAUGGGAAAGCCCAGCGCUCCGACAGCAGCGGCAGCCACAAGGACCAGGAGUCCGGCAGCAAGAUGGUGGAUAGCACAGAUGACCCCAACGUCUUCAACAUGCAUGGACCCGAGUCCAAGACUUCAGGAGAGAAAGAAUUCACUCCAGAUCUGGACGACCUGGUUAAAACCGGUCCUCAGGCUCGACCCACUGUUAUUCGCUGGGCUGGAGGGGGUAAAGAAGUCUAUAUAACUGGUUCCUUCAAUAACUGGAGCAACAAGAUACCCCUAAAUAAGAGCCACAAUGACUUUGUAGCCAUUCUGGACCUGCCUGAAGGAGAGCAUCAGUACAAGUUUUUUGUAGAUGGACAGUGGCUCCAUGAUCCCUCUGAGCCAGUGGUAACAAGCCAGCUGGGCACCAUCAACAACCUGAUCACUGUGAAGAAGUCUGACUUUGAGGUGUUUGACGCCCUGCAGGUCGACUCUCUGGAGUGCUCCGACACAUCGGACCUGUCCAGCUCCCCUCCAGGACCUUAUGGCCAGGAUCAGUACAUCUUUAGACCAGAAGAGCACUUCAAAGCCCCGCCCAUCCUCCCUCCUCACCUGCUUCAAGUGAUUCUAAACAAAGACACCAACAUAUCGUGUGAUCCUGCCCUGCUGCCUGAACCCAACCAUGUCAUGCUUAAUCACCUUUAUGCUCUUUCAAUAAAGGAUGGAGUUAUGGUGCUGAGCGCUACUCACAGAUACAAGAAGAAAUAUGUCACUUCUUUGCUUUACAAGCCCAUCUAAGCUGCCACUCAUGUGCCCCACAGUGCUUCCCCCCCCCCCUUUCUUUUCUUUAAGAAAGCAGCGUGUUUGAAUCCAGCUGCUUUUGUUGGUUUGUCAUCACAUUUGGCCAAAUCUUGCAGUGCAACAUGUUUACAAGCAAUUUUACCACAGGUGGCUCUGAGUGAGACUGCACUUCUGUCUACAUAGGGCUCUGUACAAAAGUAAAAGUGCUUGUGUUGGCUUUCAGGGAGAGAUGACCGCACCGUGGCUUUAACUCCUAACGAAUAGACAUGGGACUGAAUCAGUCACUGCGUGUUGUGAUUGUUUUUUGCGUAUGUUUUCAAAAAAACAAAAAAAAAGUCAUAUGUAACUUUUUGUGUGGUAAAUGACCUGUGAAUGAGCUGUGGUGGGGUGCUGGAUGUGCUUCAGCUUCAGAACUUUUUUUCCCUUAUUUCCUCCCCUUCCUGCAUGCAAAAUGAGGUGUAACCUCCAGCUGAAGACACAUUUUUAACUUUGAAGUGCAAUAAUGUGCCAUAAAAACAGUUCCAAGAACUGGAGGCACGGCAUCCAGCUUUGUAGACAGCUUUCAUCAUCUUAGCAGUGGAGUCUACUGUAAAGAAUCGAUUUCAGUUUAGCUAACAAAAUCGUUCAUUUUCACUGUGUUGCAAAUGUAUUCACACUCCUUGAACUUCUGUUAUUGCAAGCACAAGCUUUAAUGAAUUUUGGUGGGAUUUUAUGUGAUAGACCGACUCAAGUCUCUGGAGCCCCUCCCAAGUUACCAAGAACAUCUUGACUGCUCCUCUUUUAAUGAUCUUCUUUCUUACCCUGCUUUAAACUUUGUCCCCGACCUCACUGCUUGGUGUUCACGGUGUUGUUCAAUGAUGUCCUCUAACAAACCUUUUAUACUGAGACAGCGUUUCAUUCAGGGUAUCAAAGUAAAGGGGGCAGAUUAAACAGUUAUGCCACACUUUAAAAUUUUAUUUGUGACAGAAUUUGAAAAGUAUUUAUCAUUUUCCUUUCCCUUCACAAUUAUGCACUACUUUGUGUAGAUCUGUGACAUAAAAUCCCAAUACACACGUCUUCUGGUUGUAACCUGACAUAAUGUGAAAAAGUUCAAGCGGUGUGAAUACUUCUGCAAAUCUUCGGAGUCGCUUCGACAGGAAAACUCUGUCCUGAUAGAGAAUGUUGAUGAGUCCUCCGUGUUCAGUUUCUGUUGUUGCCUUUAAGCAGGUUUGAGAUUGUGUUUAACUAUGCAGCAGCACACAGCUCUUGCCCUGUAGCUUCUCUGAUUAAAUGUAUUAGUUUAAACUUACUGAAUAGUUUAUGAAACAUGAAUGUACUGUAUCUACGUGUUGCAUGUGGAGGAAAAGUUUCAGCAGGCUGCUGUUUUUAAUGGCUACAGCCUAAGAGGAAACAUUCACAAACUAAUCACCAUAUGAACAUGAACAGGGCUGAUACGGAAUAGCUGCCAUAGAUUUAAAUGUACAUUUUGUUCACUUGCGUGUUCAUGAAAUAUUUAAUUUUGUAUUUUUAUUUGGCGUGCUGCUGUUUGGGCUGAAUUAAUCGUCUGCACAUCUAAAAAACGGGGCUCUUAAAUCCUGUCUGUGUUCCCAAAGCAAGCUUAACGCAUUUUGUCAACGUUGAUCCUGCCUGCGACAUUUCGUCCAGUUCAUAAGGUUUAGAGAAUCAAUGGGGCAGUUUCAACAAGUGCCAUGAUCAUGGAGUUUUAAAACUGAAACCAAAACUUGAAUAUAUUUGCAGCCCUUUUGUUUUUUUUGGUAAAAGUUGCAAAUAAAGACAGGACACUUCUAA